AUGAAAAUACCGAAAACUUUUUUAGAAAUUGGUGUAAUUUUUGAGAAGGUAAAAGGUAUUAAAAAUUUUUAUUUAGGACGUACUUUCGGAUCAGAUGGAUCAAUUGCUGAUGUUUUCACUAGCCAAGUAUUGCUGAAUCGAAUUGAAAAUGCCAGUGAAUUAUUUAUUGAAUCAACAGUUCAGGGUGUUCUUAAACGUCCAAAAGCAUCUCACGUCCUAAAAAUACUUUUGAGACAUGGAGAACAGGCAGUUCCAGCAUUUAUUGUUCUCUGCAGCAGUAACUCUACAGUACUAUUGAAAAGUAUUUUGAAUUUCAUGCUCAACCAUUCACCAGGAAUUAAAAACAAUUUAAAAACUGUUUUUGCUGAUUUUAAUGAUUUAACAAUUUCUGCAAUAAAUGAAAUCAUGCCGUGGGUAUCUAAAAAAACUUGUUGGUUCAACUUUACCCGGGCAAUCACCCAAAAAUGGAAAUCAUUAAAUCUUCCAAAGCGCAAUGAAAAUCUCCACGUUCUACUCAGACUAAUUUAUAUACUACCAACAGUCGCCGUUGACAAUUAUGAUGAAGCAGUAUUGCAUAUUAUGAACGAACUGAAAAAAGUUGAAUCAAGUAACUCAAAUUUCAAACAUUUUAUGUCUUACUUAAUGGAUGUUUGAAAUUUGAGUU